UCUCUUCCUGCUUCCUCCUCGCACUUUCGGAGAUCCGCCUGCUCGUACGCGACAUUUCCAAGUAUUACUCCUGGCUCCGCAGUUGAUGAGAGUUCGAGUCUCAGACCCGAAAUCGUGUGCGUGUCAUUCAUCACUUUAACUAAAUUCUUCUCUGAGUGCAAAGGUUGGACCAAAGAAUGGCUCUGUAUCCAUCACUGGAGGAUCUGCAGGUCUCCAAAGUUAUUCAGGCUCAGGCCACCAUUUUAGCCAACCAGACCUCACCAGCAAUUGAAUCCGAGGCCUCAGAUGCCCAAAGUGCUUCAGGUUUAUAUCCGGACCUGCAGGAACUGGGGGACUAUAUGGGCCUGGACCUGAACAGUGAGAAUCUGGAGAAAAACAUGGCCCUGCUGCCAGUCCUGGAAUCUGGACAAGUCACCAGCAAUCAGUCACACAUGAAUAACUUGGUGGCCCCGGUGACUGGAAACAGUCUGGGGCUUCACCGAGCAGAGAUCAAAGCUGGAAUACGUGAAGUGAUCCUUUGCAAGGACCAAGAUGGAAAGGUUGGACUGCGCCUACGUGCAAUCGACAAAGGGAUAUUUGUCCAGUUGGUACAGGCCAACUCCCCAUCUUCUCUUGUUGGGCUACGCUUUGGGGACCAGAUCCUGCAACUGGAUGGCCAGACCUGUGCAGGCUGGAGCACCGACAAAGCACAUAAGGCGCUGAAGCAUGCACCACAGGACAGGAUCUCGGUCAUUGUCCGUGACCGGCCAUUCCAGAGAACGAUCACAAUGCACAAGGACAGCAUUGGCCAUGUCGGGUUCAUCUAUAAACAUGGAAAAAUCACCUCCAUUGUGAAAGACAGUUCCGCAGCCAGGAAUGGGCUGCUGACUGACCACAAUAUCUGUGAAAUCAAUGGACAGAACAUCAUUGGGCUGAAGGACUUGCAGGUCGCUGACAUCUUGGCCACUUCUGGGACCACAAUCACCAUGACCAUCAUGCCGAGUUUUAUCUAUUCACACAUGGUGAAGAGGAUGUCCUCAGGCCUUGUGUCCCUGAUGGAUCACUCCACCCCUGAGGUGUAAGACAUGUCCUGCAGGAUUCAUGCCAAGCCAUUCACAGCCAUGAUCUAAUGUGGAACUGUCCAGUCUGUGAUCUCACCUAAAUUAAGCAGUUGGAUUUCACUUCUGCUCUGUUCUCAUGUGUAUAUUGAGAUGUGUCAAUUCCUGAUGGGAUUUAUGUUAAUCCAUGCUUUCCUUUUUAUUAUAUAAUUCCUUAUCACUAGUCCCUCUUGUGUCCUAUCUAUUUUUAAACAUUCUUGGGGUUGAACUCUUAAUGAAUGUGCUACAGGUUGAUAUAAUUGUAGAUGCAUCCUUCAAACUUUCAAGAAAUAUCAAUGUCAUGGGCACUGGUUUGCAAAUAAACUCAUAGAUUGAAAUUCA